AUGUCAAAGCGACAACAUGAUAAUGACGAGGAUCUAGGAGAAGAGGAGCGUCAGAAUUCACCAUCAGCAGGACUCUGGUGCACAUUGCCUCCGUGCUCAGAAGAACCUUUACACUUUAAUAGCCAAAGUGCUUUUGAGUUGCAUUAUCAGACGUUUCACACAAACAGAUGCGAAGAAUGUCAGGCCAACCUCCCAAAUGAGCAUCUUUUGAAUUUGCAUAUAACGGAGACACACGAUCCGAUUUUCGAUCUACAGAAGGGAAAGGGACGGGAAUUUUUAGAUCGUGCGCAAAAGUUGAAGGACGCCAAAUCCGACGCUCAAAAGGAGAUCGAGCAGUACAAGGCCAAGAAGGACGCUGAGCUCAAGAAGUUCGAGGACGAAUUCGUUGGUUCCAACCAGAAACUCGAGGAGGAGGCCGACAACCAAGUCAAGGACGAGCUCUCGAAGAUUAAAAAAACCGCAGAAGCCAAGAAGUCGGCCGUUAUCAAGCUUCUCAUCGAUGCUGUGGUUGCACCUAAGCCAGAACUGCAUAUAAAUGCCAAAUAA